ACGUCCAGUUUUUUUUUUUUAUUUCCACAUUAAUUUUUAGUUUCACAUGCAAAAUCUUGCCCAGUUUAAUAAACAAAAUAGUAAUGAAGAAAAUAGUAUUUAGAUUUCUAUGAAGACCAACCAUCAUGAGCCUUAAAUCCUUAAAGCAGUAGUGCAUAUAUAUGUGCAUAUCUAUUUUCUGAUAUAAUUAGUAUUUACCUUAGAUUUUAUGAAUUAUCUGCAGCUAUUAGCACAGUGUCAUUGUUUUUACCUUUUCUUCCACCCACAAUGGUAAAAUUGAAAAGAAAUAUUUGCACCAGGCUUUGAUGUUUCGAAGCCCUUGUCCUUCUGAGCUCCAGGCCUUUGUGAACCAGAGGGCCUCUUUGUCAGAGAGCUACACCUCUGAACUCAAAGUCAACAUGAUGAAAGCAAUGGGACCAAUGGGGCCAGAGCCCACCCAGAGGAGGGGGUGCUCAGGGGCAUCUGUGGGUUCAUAUAAAACGACCCUGCAGAGGAAGCGUCUCCACUCUGCAGCUCGGGGGACAGACAGGAAUGGCAUCCUUAGGGCUGCAGAUACUGGGAAUCGGACUGGCCGUGCUUGGGUGGAUUGGGAACAUACUGAUCUGCAUGCUGCCCCUGUGGAAGGUGUCGGCCUUUGUGGGGAAUAACAUCGUGGUGGCUCAGACCAUCUGGGAAGGUCUGUGGAUGACGUGCGUGGUGCAGAGCACGGGCCAGAUGCAGUGCAAGGUCUACGACUCCCUGCUGGCGCUGCCUCCGGACCUGCAGGCGGCGCGGGCCAUGGUGGUCAUCGCCAUCCUGCUCUCGCUGUUCGGCCUGCUGCUCUCCGUGGUCGGGGGCAAAUGCACCACCUGCGUCGGGGACAAGGCGGCCAAGGCCCGAGUGGCCAUCUCUGCAGGGGUGUUCUUCGUCCUGAGCGGGGCCCUGUGUCUCGUGACCGUGUCUCUGCCUGCGAACACGGUCAUAAAGGACUUCUACAACCCCCUGGUCCCUGACGCCCAGAGGAGGGAGCUGGGCGCGUGCUUGUACGUGGGCUGGGGCGCGUCGGGGCUGCUGCUGAUCGGCGGCGCCCUCCUCUGCUGCCAGUGUCCACCGCGAGAAGACCGAUAUGCUGGAGCCAAGUACACGCCGCCCAAAUCCACCACGCCUGGAAAGGAGUUUGUCUGAGAGUAAAGGCUUUUAUCAUUGUCUAUUAACACGUUUGUUCAUCGAGUCUCAGAUACAAGAGACGAGAUUUGUGUCUUUAUUAAUGAGAUUCACAUUUGGUUCAUCAUAUUUGUUAUAGGCACUUAAAAAUAUUAUUCAGUAAGAUUUGUUUUAUUUUGAUUUUCUUUUUAUUCCAACAUAUAAAUAAAUGUUAUUUUUGUCUA